UUUAUAAAACACAAAACGGUGGUUCCGGAUGUGAUUGCUCUAACAAACCCGAAAUUAUUCUAAUUUCGGUCAUUAGUGUACGAUAACAUCUUAAUCAGAACAGUAUAAAAUUCGGCACAUCAGAGCUUUUUUCUAAAAGUAGUGUAUCAAACAGUGAAACAGAAACUAUGGCUAGAUACAUAGCAGUUGCGAUCGCUCUUUCUAUUCUGGAAAUGGUGACGUGCACAGUACGGUUCUCAAAUCUUUCCUACGAAUUGAAUCCGGAAUAUAUAAAAGGAACAAUCAAUGUUAAAAUUGAUAAGGAAGUGUAUUCCAUUGGAUUGAAUGCUGACGUGUUAAAGCGAAUUGAUGGAAUGUUUUGGGUAAUGCCCGUUUUCUCCAAGAAAAUAAAAGACAGUUAUGUUCCGUUGGUCGAUUUGAAAUUGGAUACAUGUAAAACUGAUCCCACCUUAGCGGAAAAUCCAGUGAUUCGUUUGAUAGCAGCAGAAGCAAGGAAGUUUGUUAGUUUUGGAUUGAUGUGUCCUUAUGAGCCCGGACACUACACAGUGAAUGAUUUCACCAUCGACAACAGCAACGCUAUGAUAAACUUCAUCCCCAAAGGAAGCUACCACGUGAGCAUCAAUACACACCAUCAAUCUUUCGGAAGCAACGACCUGAACAAAGUGAUGAGCUUGUCAUUUUACGCCGAUUUUGAGUAGGAGUAACGCCUCUUCCGGUGGAUUUCGUUCAGAUGGUGGUUGGGUAAUAGAUGACAUUGCAAUAAAAUCAUGAGUAUAAAUCUA